AUGGACGUCUGCAUGUUUAGCGAAGUGUGUGAAAUAGUAAUAAUAGGAAAAAUCCUGUAUAUGAUGUAUAUCAUUCCUUAAGGGUUAUAAUAUGAACUGAUAUACGUAUAUCAAGGUAUAUGGUAGAUGAUUCAAGGUGAUAUAGAUAUACUUAUUGUUGCCAUUAGUGGAUUAAGACAACCGGUUAGGUGCAAAAGGAGUACGAAAUUAGGCAGACACGUAGCGAGAAUCAGAAAACGAGUUUGGUAUGAAAAUUCGCCUGGCCGCCAUCUUUAGAAGACUAACACGGACCAGACCAGCGAACACAAGUGAUGGAUUAGAACCAAAAGAAGGUCUGAAGAAAUGUUUGUCGACGAUGGAUCUUGUUUCCCUUGGGGUGGGGAGUUGUUGUGGGACUGGCAUGUACCUGACUUGUGGCAUGAUUACCAAGACAGCUGGUGGUCCUGGAGCCGUGAUUGCUUUCCUGGUGGCGGGACUGGCAUCAUUUCUAUCAGGUGUGUGUUAUGCUGAACUAGCUGCAUUGUGUCCAAAGACUUCUGGCUCAGCCUAUAUGUAUAGCUACGUUACAGUAGGAGAACUAAUAGCCUAUGUUAUCGGAUGGGGUCUGAUAGCAGAAUAUGCUAUAGGAACAGCAGCAGGAGCAGUAGCUUUAAGUGCUACCAUAGACUCUAUAUGUAACUUCACCUUCAGUACAUAUUUCUCUACUUGGGGUAAUAUCGGUGGUCGUCCCUAUUUUGACAUGUUAGCUGUGUUUAUAUGUUUAGUGUUAACUAUAGUGUUAAUCAGUGGUGUCAAGCUAUCAGCAACUGUCAACAAUAUUCUCAACCUGGUUAAUUUUAUCGUGUGGAUAUUUUUCCUCGGUGUUAGUAUCCAUUACAGCGAUGGUAAAAAUUGGAACCAGGACAAACAAUUUCCCACGGGAACUGAUGGGGUUCUAAAGAUGUUACCAACUGCCUACUUUGCUUUUAUUGGAUUCGAUAUUGUCGCGUCAACAGGAGAAGAAGCUAAGAACCCCAGUAAAUCCAUCCCACGUUCUAUCGUUCUAUCUGUGAUCAUAAACGUCAUCGCGUAUACAUCUGUCUCAACUUGUCUUAGUCUCAUACUUCCGGCCAACCAACUUAUGCCACAAACCGCCAUGUUGGAUGUGUUCGUUAAGAGGAAAGCAUUCUAUGCCAAAUAUAUCAUAUCCUGUGGAGCUGUAUGUGGUCUAUUUGCUGCUGCCUUUGGUUCUAUGUUCCCACUACCCAGGGUAUUGUGUGCCAUGGCCAAGGAUGGGCUAUUAUUUAGUCAAUUCGGUGAAAUUUGUCCAAAGCGGAAGACACCUAAAACUGCCACCGUAUUGACUGGUGUUGUAGCUAUAUUACUAGCAUUAACAGUUGAUCUGGCUAAUCUGAUAGAAUUAGUUCUAAUGGGAACAUUAUUAGCUUAUAUAUUAGUAGCAGUGUCUGUGAUUGUUCUGCGUUAUUCAAAUGAAGAAAUAGACGAAUCACUGAUCGAGUCUUCGGACAGUGAAAUAAUGGAAGGUGCGAAUAACCAGAAAGAUAAAAUUAUAAGGAAUCGAAUUGGAACUGAUAACGAUAAGUUAAAAGGCAAAGACCAGGGAAAAAAGCUUAUUGCAAAAGAAACGUUUUUCUCUAAAGUAGAAGAUUAUGUACGGAAGGAGCGUGGAUCGUUUACAGACUAUGUGCCAGUGAUAGUAUUUGUGAUAUUAAUACUACAAGUUAUUAUAUGUAUCGUGAUAGUCAAUGGUAUUAAUCAUUUAGUGAACAGUGACGUACUCGUGAUAACAACUUUAGCCAUAUUAGUGUCAUUAUUGUUUAUAUUAGUGGGAUUUUUAGCCGUUUUACCACAAUCAAAACGUGAACAGAGUUUUCGAGUGUUGUGUGUGCCAAUUAUUCCUUUACUAGUGACAUUUUUGAAUAUAUAUUUUAUGGCGUCUUUAACUGUGUUUUCGUGGACUCUAUUUACAGUAUGGAUGGCUAUAGGUUUUGUGGUAUAUUUUACAUACAGUAUCAGGCAGAAAGGUGGUGUUGAUUACACUCGUUUAUCAGAAUCUAGUUCAACAAAUAUUCUAUCAGAUCAAACAGAAUAGACAACCAAAGAGCCAAAACCUGGGUCGUCAACCGCCAAAAAUUUAAUGCAAUUCUGAAUUUAAUGAUUUGCUCUGUGGGACUUAAGAAUGACUUUUGGUCAGUACCGCAUGACAGGUCAACGGGAACCACAGGAACUUAGUGUACCACGGAAACUUAGUGUAGAAAUUAUCUCAGUCCUGUAGGACGGAGGUCCUGGCAAGGAACGGCGUCUAGUCGUUCUGGUGGGACGAAAAACCGAGGUUCCGUGUGCACGUAAAAGAAACCGGUGUAGCACAAUGGUACGUCUUACUCUGAUGACAUAUACAGAGUUAACUCCCUUUUUUUGCGAAAUUCCCACAUUACCUCUCUCUGGUUGGUUCGGUUGCCAAAAUCAGAACUAUAAAUACGAAACGAAAUAAUGAUCAAAAUUUAAAAAGGGUAUGUUUGAUAGAGUUAUUUUUGCAUUCAGCCUUUUCAAUAAAUUUUAUUUCUGGUCAGUUUGUCGCUGUAUAGGUGUAAUAUACUACUACGGUUGGGAAUCGCAGUGACUCCCUGAUUCGUUCCCGAUGUUGGCCAAGAGAAUUCCUGUCUAGAACCGCGUCGUCCGAAUGGGACAAAAAUCUUAAACCCCGUGUACACGUUGGCGUGCGCGUAAAAAAAAGACUUUGAAAGCGGAAAUUCGAAAUAAGAGAGUAGGGCAUAAGGCCGCUGUCCGGACAAAAUUUCCACAUAGCUUAAGCCCGGUUGGUGCAGAAAGGUUGGACGUUAAACCCCAUUUCAUUUCGUUUUAAGCAGAAAGUUACGAUGUCGUAGUAAAUUAGGUCUGAGAACGCACAAUUCGUGAACAAUGAAUCUGGAUACCGACCAAACAGGCUCUAAUUCGAAUCCCGGUAACAAUAAUGCAUUUAAAUGUGUACAAAUCCUUUGACCUCUCAACUUAUAUCAUUUAUUAAUGACGUUUUCACAAUUUAUAUUUUGUAUAUGAUAUAUGGUAUAUUAUGUAUAUUUUAUGUAUUUUAUUUGGUUUUAUUGCUAUAUUUAAUUUAUACAAAAGGGGUAUUUAUGAGAUUUAAAAUAAAUUAUUGUAUGCGAAAGCUAUAAAAAGCACGAGCUAUUACUUUGUUCGUCCCUGUUACCUUGUUCGUCCCUUUGUCAUCAUCUAUAACGAUCGACACCCUGUUCCGGGGUUGCCAUGGCUUGUUUGUUGCUAUGGCAAGGGUGCGUAGUUCAAUCUUUGUCAUUUUGGAGAUUGUAUAAAUCAAGUGUAUUCUCCCUUAUAUGUGUAUGAGUUAGUUGUAUUUUACGUCCGCUUCCACAGACCUGAUAUCUCCCUUAUAUUUGCCUUGAUAGCCUCGUUUGUCACGCAAUUAGUUUUUUCUGCAAUAUUCUGCUAUGCACUGGUUAAUUGGGAAUAAUAAAAUCGUGAGUCAUGACGUAACGUUAUGUCAACAUAUUUAUGGCCCAAUGUGGAGCUCUGUUUUAAGCGCAAUGCUUUUGUAACGCAGUUAGCUAUUGGUUGUUAAUCGGACCAUUGACCAGUCAUAAUUUGGAACAGAAAUUUGCUUUCGUUAAAGCAGUGUUUAGUGGGAUUAGGUAUAAUCAAACGAAACACUGCUAGGGGUAUGGCUAGAAAUAUGUAUACGGCAUACGCAAGAGUUCCGCUAGAGGUUUUGUCAGUCAAUAGGUCAAGUAUAAUAUACACUGGCAUGAAGGUGUACCGUGCAUGUGGGCGUAUGCCUGACGAUUGAGUAACGUAUUAUCGUAUAUUAUAUUUGCGUAUGGCCAGCGAGGUGGUGUUUUCUUUGACAGACAGUACGGUUCACAGCAGGUGACAUGAAGCUACCCUGCAUUGACACUAACUUGUUUUUAGUUGUAUAUCCUUAACCUUGAAUUAGAUAGGUCAACCGAAUAACGACUUGUCCGCUUCCAAUGCAACGUGAUCAUUUGUGACAUUGUCAGAAAUAGUACAUCACAAUGAAGAAUCUAGCUGUGUUGACCAUGAUAACGGUGUGUUGCUGUGUUAAUGGUAAAACAAUAAUAGAUAUGUCGUAUGAACUAGGACCAAAUUCUACCUCGUGGCCUAACAAUCCACCGUUUAACAUGACACCCAUAGUUCGUGGGAACCAGACUGGUGGCUUCUGGCUAGAGUACAACUGGUUUGCUACAAAUGAACACAGAAGUACCCAUAUCGAUGCCCCAUCUCAUUUUUUCUACGGUAGUCAAAGGGUACACCAGAUACCCUUGGAGAACCUCAUCGGACCGGGGAUCGUUUUAAGAGCCCGAGAAGAAGCCAAAAACAACAGCGAUUUCGCCAUCAACAAAGAUUUCAUCGUCAAAUGGGAGGCAAGAAAUGGCCGAAUACCUGAAAAAGCAAUUGUUUUGAUGGAUUUUGACUGGGGAAAACGAUAUGUAAAUUUAGACAACAAUCUAAUCUUCAAUACCGAAACAUACGAAAACACAAGUACCUACCACUUUCCUGGAAUAGCCCCAGAUGCAAUGACCUAUUUGGUGAUGGAAAGGCAUAUCAUUACAAUUGGUACUGAUACGACAUCGCUCGAUAUUGGCCAGUCCACUGAUUACCCUUGCCAUAUUAUUUGUGGUCGGAAUAACAUCACCAUCAUAGAAAAUGUGGCUAAUCUGGAUAAAAUUCCAAUCAAAGGGUCAACUGUGUUUGUGGCACCUUUGAAGUUAAAUGAAGGAAGUGGUACUCCAACACGAGUUUUCGCCAUUUUCGAUGAGGAACCACCAACUUGUAAACCCAGCAACAUGGCUAAAAACAUAAAUCAGUUGUCAAGAAUUCUUUUAUUCUUUGUUUUCAUAAUCGUAAACAUUAACUAGACACCUCAAUGUGGUUAAAACACAGAUCCUCUUUCGUUUCGUUUUUAUAGUUCAAAAUUUCGUUUUACUUGUCUUUACUGCACUUGGAUAUGGAAGAGUUGUUAUUUAACUCGUGUUCUGAAUGGUGUCACGGAUAAGCCAAUGAAACGGUCUGUUACGGCGAGUGUUAGGCGUGUUUUUCACGGAAAUGUGGGUAAUCCACUAGUAACAUCAAUGCUGAUUGGUUAAUCAAAUAUCUGACGUCAUAGGGUCAUAAGUCUGUCUUUUGACCCCUGACGUGACCUAUCGCUAUAACUUGUCAGAUCUUCAUGUAGUGCAGGCCAUCGAAAGUAUAAAAAAAACGAAACGAAAUAUAGAUCUGUAUUUUAAUCAGAUUGCGAGACACCUAUAAAAUCAGGCCCGUAGGCCAUGGAAGGGGGGGGGGGGGCAUGGCUCAUCUUGGUAAAAUUCUACUUAUCCACAUCACUGAAAAAAUUAAAAAAGACACAAAGAAAGAACUCAGUGAUGUUGACACACACGCAAUAAACUAAACUAAAUAUUCAUAGUCCAAAUCCAAAGAUUUUAUUAAUUCUUGAAUCAAGGGAUUUUAUAAUUUUAAUUCAAAUACUUAGGCGCCAACUACAAGAAAUUAUCUCAGUUUAUACGUUUACAUAAUUUCAGGUUAAAGAUGCAUUAUGUAAGAUUUAGAUAAAGAUCUGGUUCAAAAAUAAAUGAUGAAAAAUGAAUAUAUUAUUGAAAAUUUCAUUCAAAUUACUUUAUUCUGCAAGCGAAGUUAUAGGUGUUCGAAGAUAUAGCAUAUAUUGUUUAUUAUCGUAGCAACGAUGCUGGACAAACGAGGCUAAGUCUCGAUUAUCUUUUUUAUCGUUAAAUUUUUAAAACUUGCGGGCGUAAUCUAUUUAAAUCUCUGUCAUCCGAUGGCCCAGGUAGUUCAUUAUGGGUUGUCGUGUUACAAUAAAUGUCUAAAUAAAAGUUUAAAUAACAUUUAAAACCAAAAAAAAAAGACUUGCAAUAUAAGCAGAUUGAGCUCUUACACAAGGCAUCUUUAAGUUGUUAUUUUUUUACAGAUGGAAUAUGGUCCUCCUUAGAAGAAAACCAUACUUUAGGAAUUCUCCCCUUGGGGAAAUAGCAUACUUUCCCCUGGGGUAGGCAGAGUAAAUAUAGGUCAAACAAAUGAUUAAAACGUUGAAAUAUGAGCUAAAAUGCACAGAUUUCUUUUCUUUUUUCCACCUUUAUUUGACAAGGUUGGUGGUCUAGCUUACCCCCACCAACUGAAAACACAGACCUCCCUCAAGUGGGCCUCUCUGGCUACGGGUCUGUGUACAUAUACAUUACCUUUUAUUCAACAUAUCUAACAAAUUUGUCACUAAAAGCCUGUAAUCUCAUCUAUUCCCAGCAUAGGUAUCUCAUCAGAGACAGUUUCAUGGAAUGUCCUACUGUUCUGAUGCGACUGGACUAAUGAAGACGGAACAGUUUCAUAGGUCAUAGUAUGUCAAGCAUGAUUUCAAGUUUUUUCUGUCUUCAUUAGCCCAGUCGGAGCAGAACAGUAGGAUGUUAAACCCUAUUUCAUUUCAUUUAUUUAAGGGUUCAUACAUGCAAUGAUGAAAUGCAUGGCCUAGUGUGCACAUGCCUUUAGUAUAACUUGGUCAAUUUGGUAUCAAUUGUCGGUAUUGUCUGCCACAGGGUUUCACUUCAAAAUUUUGACAUUUUUGAUAACGCAAGGAGACUUUGCAUAUUACACAUUCCUUUUUUUUUUAUUUAUGGUGCGAUAUUGUCAAUUCACAUGUGAUAUACUUUAAUUGUGGUAGUGGAUGUUAAAUAUAGUUAGCAGCUAUAACAAAAUCCUUUUGUUUAUUUACUUAUUUUUAUUACAUCAGUAUCCUUAUUGAGCUAAAGGAAGAGAUCUGUAGGUAUUGCAUAAAGAAAUUGUAAAGCGUAAAAAUUAAUCUUUAUACAUACAGGUAAAGACAGCUAUCCAUUUUGUGAUAUAUACAAAUGGUAAAUCAUAAAUAUUAAUAUUUGUACAUAAUGGCAGACAUUUAUUACUCAUUUUGUGAUGUAAAUAAAUGUUAAAGGAUAAAUAAAUGUAAUUAUGACAUAAUGAAAUAUAUUAACCCACUGGUAUCAAAAUCGUUCGUGAUAAAAAAAAAAGGUAAAUCAUAAAUAUACAUAAUGACAGAUAUUUACCCAUUUUGUUAUUUAAAUAAAUGGUAAAACAUAAAUAUACUAAUUAUGACAAAAUGACAGCUAUCAAGGCCGACCCAAUUAUAUAAACUAUGUAGCAAUCGGAUUAAAAUGCAGAUCUAUAUUUCGUUUCGUUUUUUUAUAUUUUCGAUGGCCUACACAAAGACAAGUAAAACGAAAUUUUGAACUAUAAAAACGAAACGAAAUGGGAUCUGUGUUUUAACCAGAUUGACUAUGUAGUGGAUAGCAGCUACUUUCCCGGUUGUCAUUCGAAAAAACAAAUCCUGAGGCCGGAGCCUGCAUGUUUUAUUUCCAAUAACAACCGUACUAUCUGACUUCACAUUUACACAAAGCUUAUCAAACACUGCUUACCUUGUCGCACGUGAAAUUCAAACCGUAGUUAUUGUGGGUUAAUAUUACCACAAUAUCAACCCCUAAGGACUUUACAGAUCUGUGACAUACAUCAACCAAAUUUGUGAUAUAAGCAAAAUAUAAAGCAUAAAUAUUUAUAAAGCUAAAAACAAUGACAUAUAUUUUCCCAGUCAGUGAUAUUUGUGAUUGUGAUUGAUGACACGACCCAAAUGAAUUUAGAAUUAUCAAGGGGUUUUUUUUAUAAAUAAUGUCAUCAUCUUUGUCUGUCCACAAUUUCUUGUAAACGCUCAAUAGAUCAGGUUUCUUGUCAUGAUUUUUUUUUAUCAUAUUUACAGGAAUUCUGUAAUGAGGCACCCUUUGAAAAAUCAGCAUUCUUUUUUUAUCACAUAUUAUCACCGAGUUAAAGACUAUUCUGAUCUCGAAAGAAAGCAUUAUCACCCUAUAAAAUGUCCGUUCGCAUUUUGACUCUAUGAACCUGGAUACAGUUCUAUACAUAAUUGUUGGAUUUUAUAAAACACUGACAAAUUUGUUGCUUAUGGGCUAGUUCCUUUAGGAACGUUGUCUGGUCGGAGGCUGUUGAACAGCGUCUGGUCAGACCUUUCGGACAGCGUCCGAUCGGAGAUCAUUCCUAAAGGAACUACUGAAGUGCCUAUUAUGGCCUGACAAGCCAAUGUAUAUGGUUAUAUUAUAUUUUGGAUAUUAUGAAAUAAAUAUUUACAUUGUAGACUGUCAUAUGGCUAAAUAAAAGGCGGGUUGUUCUGGUAUUUAUAUAUUGGUUAAUACUAAGCAUUUCACGAACAUACCGGUUCAUAUUAUUUUCUAACAAAUUAUAAAUCAAUAUUAUGUAUUUUUGAUGAAUAUUAUACAUGAAUAUUAUAUAUAUUUGAUAAAUAAUAUAUAUUUAUAAUCAAAGGUGUUUCUUUUUGUUUAAUAUUUUGAAUAAUACUAAGCUUCUCAUUAAUACAACAGCAUACUUGUACAUAUCUUUCUAACAAAUUCUAUAUGAAUACUAAGUAUUUUUGAUAAAUUUAAAUAAUCUAUGAUAAAUAAAUAA